CUGACGCAGGCUAGCCUGGCACCGCUGGCUGCCCACUUCGCUCCGCGCGCUGGGGGAUGGGCGGCCAGCCCCUGGAGGCCUAGCCCAGCCUCACCAUGGCGGACGCCUUCGCAGGCACCUGGAAGCUAGUGGACAGCAAGAAUUUCGAUGACUACAUGAAGUCAAUCGGUGUGGGUUUUGCUACCAGGCAGGUGGCCAAUAUGACCAAGCCUACCACAAUCAUCGAAAUAAAUGGGGACACGAUCACCAUAAAAACACAAAGCACCUUCAAGAACUCAGAGAUCAGCUUCAAGCUGGGGGUGGAGUUUGACGAGACAACGGCAGAUGACAGGAAGGUCAAGUCCACCGUGACGCUGGAUGGAGGCAAACUUGUCCAUGUGCAGAAAUGGGACGGGCAAGAAACAAAACUUGUGCGGGAGCUCGUGGAUGGAAAACUCAUCCUGACGCUCACCCACGGCAAUGUAGUGUGUACGCGCACUUACGAGAAAGAGGCAUGACCUGCCCACUGCUUCACUGACUGCUCCUCUGCCAACUGGCUAGCCCUGGACUCAGCACCAGAUCGCCUCGUCUUUUCCUCUGGCGUUUUGUAUAAAUCCACCUUGGGGGGGAAUUCUUCUGGGGUCAGGUGCACCAUCCUGGAUACAGUUCCAGCUCCCACUGUGUUUUGUUUUUUUAACUGCAUCCAAAGAGUGCUCUCAGGUCAAUAAAGCAGAGCCAAGGCCACCAGUUGCCUUUGCCUUUGGUGACAUGA